AUGGUCCGAUGCCAAGAAGUAAAACGAACGGCUGUGGCUGGACUGGGCAACAAGUUUAAGCCCAAACACGUAGCACGAAAGGCAGCUAAAGCCGUCGCAGACGCUGACGCUGCCAUGAGCGGAAAGACUUCGAAGAAGCGAAAGCACGACCACGUUGACAGCAAAAAGGUGACGAAGACCAAGGUCAAAAAGGCCAAACAUGCCGCGCGCAAGGCUGCGUAA